CAGAGAGGAAGCCUCCAUGUCUCGUCGUCGUCGUCUUGAUCGAGCCAAGUGACCAGCACGUCAUGCCACGCCGCUAUUGCCCCACUAUCAGCUCGAAAGUGAAUGCACAGCCCACCAACAAUCACCGUCAAACGGUCCAGUCUGGGCUCCCUCCACGGAGCGCGCGGUAAGGUACAACACUGCUUGGUUUAGCCCGUAGGUGCUUUGCAACAGUAAUAACAUCUUCAUGUACCUUGUCUAACAUCUCUCCCUUCCACUUCCACAUCGCUCCGCCAUGGCACCCCAUCUAACCGCCUUCAACCCACCACUGGGUCCGCAGCCUGCCAAUGCCCACCUCUACUCCCCCCAUCAAGUCACACUGCACAUGAAAGAGAAGGUCUUCUCCCUCUCCGGUGACGACUUCACCGUCAAAACUGUCGAUGGCCUCGAAGUCUGCAAAUGCCAUGGCAAGAUGAUCUCGGCCCGCGACAAGAAGAAGUUCACGGACAUGGCCGGCAAUGAAAUCUUCACGCUCAAGAACAAGAUGCUCUCCAUUCACAAGUCUUUCCACGCCGAGAGUCCACAUGGGCACGAUUUCGAGGUGAAGGGCCACUUCAAGUUGAUAGGUAGUGCGAGUAGCGUGGUGUUCAAGAACGCGGCGGAUGGACAGCAGGCGGAAAUAGAUGUGAAGGGUGACUGGUUUGAUCGCAGCGCCGAGCUUACGUUUGGUGGUAGGCCGGUGGCCCAUAUUGGUCGGAGCUUCUUCAACGUGAGGGAGAUCUUUGGGGAUAAACAGUCGUAUUUUGUCACAGUCGCGCCAAAUGUGGACCUCAGCUUAAUCGCAGCCGUCUGCGUUUGUCUAGAUGAGAGUGAGAAUGAGAAGUAGAACACGUCUUGCUCACAGACAGCUUCCAUUAACCUUCCCAACAUGCUUUCCUCUGUCGCAAGCCUAUCCCAGCUGCUGGUCUGAUUCCCGUCUAGCUACUGGUCCAUUGACUUCAUCUGGCCGACGAAGCGGGCCCUCUGCUCUCCCAACCAGCCGUCCGCAGUAUAUCACGACCAGGUUGGAUUUCUGGCUCCCUCAUCGUCGAUGGCCGCCACUUGAGUCGUAUUCGCCCGACUGGAGAUGAGGAGUUUGUCGUCUUCUUC